CCCCUUCUGUCGGCGCCUAGCUUACAAGCAAAAUUCCUCCCUCUUUUUUCUCCGCAAUUUACGCCAAUCUCCGUCGCACAAUUUUCCAGACAAUCUUUUAUCCAUACUCCAGCGCCGGGCUAAAUGAGACCCACUUCUUGAAACCCACACCGAGGCUUCUUCCCUCGGCAUGCCCUCGCUUGACGACGAGGCGGAGGCCUCCCGUCUCGUCCCGCCCCCACUGGCAGAGCAUUCCCCCGACAGAUCUGACGGCGGACAAUCCGCGCACGAGCAGGCAUACGAGACGGCAGACGAGCCGGCAGACGCGAUGGAGGACGGCAGCAGCCUGCUGCGCAGCAGCGACGGGGAAUCGGCGGGAACCGCGGGCGGCGGUGGCGGCGGCGGGCGCGGCGGGGGCUCCUCCUCCGCCUCCUCCGCGCUCCCCGCGUCGUCGAGCCGCGUGCGGAGGCCCAUGCAGGUGGAGCGGCACGACGACCUGGAGCCGCGGUCGCGCCUGUCGUCGUUAAUCGACGUGGCGAAGCGCAACCGGCUGUCCUUCGCGGCGGUCGCCGCCGUGGCCGUGGUGCUCCUCGGGUGGACGCUCUCGCUGCUCGCGGGGCUCCUGUCGCCCUCCUCGAAUUCGCCAGACCUCAGCGCAGUGGCAGCUCUAGCAGCGGCGUGGGGGGAGGAGGGGGCGGUGGGCGCAGCGGAUGGGGGCGCGGGGGAAGGGGGAGGGGGAGGGGGAGGGGGAGGUCGGUGUGCGGUGUACACAUUCUUUGACCUGAACAGCGUGCAGGGGAAGCUGGAGGACGAAGAGAAGCUGGUGACGUCAUGGCAGCUUAGCUGGCACCGGGCGGGGUGGGCGCCACACGUGCUGCAGAAGAAGCAUGCGGGGCGGCACCCGCUCUUCCCCAACCUGCAGCAGCGCGCCAAGGCUGGCAACUGGGACUUCAUGCGGUGGCUAGCCGUGGCAGUGUCCGGGGGAGGCCUGUAUGCGCACUACACAGUCCUCAACCUGGGCCUGCCGCCGCCGCCGCACUGCUUCCACUCUGCUCUCACUGUCUACGGGGACGUCACUACUCCCUCAUUGGUAUCCGGCAAGCCCCAGGAGUUUGUAGCUCUCGCGCGCUCUUCCCUGCUGCCCUCUGGGGCUGACCUGGCAGCGGCCCGGGAGCUGCCCCUGCCACGUGGCAUCGUGCGAUUGGACCAGAGCACGGCUCAGCAGCUGCUAGUGCGCGGCAGACUCAAGAAGGAGCCCUGGAAGCAGGCCACAUCGCUGCUGUGCAGCAGCUUCGCUCAGACCACAGCGUUCCAAGCCGUGUCGCUGCCAACGCUGGGCGGCAUGCAGGCAGCCCUGGAGGACCUCAAGGACUGGAUCCGCCUCUGCCCCACACACACCACGCCCCUCCUCUCCGACCACAUCCCCUCCCACCUCCUCCCCUCCUCCCUUACCUCCUCCUCCUCCUCCUCCUCCUCUUCCUCCUCUUUUUCGCCCCCCGCCCGUUCACUCACCUACUUCCUCCUGCCGCACCAUGCAGCGCUCUACUUCGCAGCAGACUACGAGAAGUACCACAUCGACCCCACCACUGGUGCGCCCCAGUGGAUGAGAGACAUCUACGGAGAGGGCAGCGUGCCGGGGGGCCUGACUUACAGCGAGUUUCUCAUUAUCCUGAACAACGCGCUCAUGGGGAAGAACCCUGAGGAGAAGAGCGACCCAGACCUGGAUGAUCGGUUGUCCAGGGCGCUGGCUGCCGUGCUGCAUGUGGGGAUGGGGGAGGUGCCUGAGGAGGUCAAUAGACGCAGCAUAUUCCUGGCAGAUGACUCUUCUGGUGCUGCUGAUGCUGGUGGUGCUGCUGCUGCUGCUGGUGCUGAUGCUAGUGGUGAUGAUCCGGUUACAGGUGAUAAUCCUGCUGCUGAUUCUGCUGACACCAAUGCUGCCUCUGCUGCUACGGGAGCCACCCAGUCCCCCUCUCCCCUCUCCCUCCCCCCCAACCUCAUUUCCUUCGGCCGGUUCGACGAGCCGCAUCUUUCCAUCCCCGUUUUAGAGCUCUCCCUGGGGUUCCGCUUAGAGGAGCGGCAGCACGACGAGCUGGAGCAGGCGAUAGGGCACGUGUGGGAGGGCGUGGAGCACUUUGUGGGUGCGGUGCACGGGGAGGCCAAGGAGGAGAUGGAGCGGCACAGCCGGGCGGACCAGCGGGUGCUGGAUGUGGUGGACGGGCGCUUCAGACAGGCUGUCAGGGUGGCCCAGGCUUUAGAUGUGAGGGAAGGAGGAGAUGGAGCGGAUGAGAGGGUGCUGGAUGUGGUGGAUGGGCGCUUCAGGCAGGCCGGCGGGGUGGCUCAGGCACUGGACGUGUGAGGGGGGGGAGGGGGGAGGAGGGAGGGGUUGGGGGAAGAGGAGGGGAGAUCGAGAUGUGGGGGUGGUUGGGGGAGAGGAUGGUGGUGGCUAAAAGGGUUUGGGUGCUGAGGCAGAGAAGGAGAAGAGGGGUAGAGUGAGAUGACUCAGGAAGAAAUUGGGGCUAGGGGCACACUCUGUGGGAGCGGUGGCUGCGUGGGGAGAUGGGGCGCAGCAUAUUUGACAAUAUUGCAAGGGAGGAAAGUUGCAUUGCAUGUAAUUAUUUUUACAACUUAUGGUAAUCACGGUCA